CAUGAAAGAAAGCAAAAACUCAUCGCAAGCUCGAUCAUUUUCCUAUACUUCAUUUUUUAUAUAUGAAGGGUCUCAUCAUUUUGUUCUCAGACUUGCAUCUUUUUGUGCUAAAACAAAAAGGGUCUUUGGUCUAAUUUCUUCGAGCUGAGAAGAAGAUGCACUUCACAAGGAGUUGAAGAAGAAUGGGAAGGGGGAAGAUCGAAAUCAAAAGGAUUGAGAACACAACAAAUCGGCAAGUGACCUUCUGCAAGAGAAGAAAUGGGCUUCUGAAGAAAGCUUAUGAGCUGUCAGUGCUGUGUGAUGCAGAAGUUGCCCUCAUCGUCUUCUCCAGCCGUGGCCGUCUCUAUGAGUAUUCCAACAACAACAUAAGAUCAACAAUAGAGAGGUACAAAAAGGCAUGUUCUGAUCACUCAAGCGCGAGCACUACCACAGAAAUCAAUGCUCAGUAUUAUCAACAAGAAUCUGCAAAGCUGCGACAGCAAAUACAGAUGCUGCAAAAUUCUAACAGGCACCUGAUGGGUGAUGCCUUAAGCACACUGACUGUGAAGGAACUUAAGCAGUUGGAGAAUAGACUUGAAAGAGGAAUCACUAGAAUCAGAUCUAAGAAACAUGAGAUGCUACUGGCUGAAAUUGAAUACUUCCAGAAAAGGGAGAUUGAACUGGAAAAUGAAAAUCUUUGCCUCCGAACUAAGAUAACUGACGUGGAGAGGAUUCAGCAAGUAAACAUGGUUUCUGGGCCAGAACUGAAUGCCAUUCAGGCAUUAGCUUCCCGUAACUUCUUCAAUCCAAAUAUGUUGGAAGGUGGAACUGUUUACCCUCACUCAGAUAAGAAGAUUCUUCAUCUUGGGUGAUCAAUAAUAUAUGAUCUUGGCUAGCCUAUGGCAUGUCUAUCCAAUUAGCCGGUGGCUAAAUGCAUUAUUAUUACUACUCUUUUGGUUGCUCAUUAACUAGACCAUGUGAUCUAUAUACUACUUAUGGAUUAUGGAUACUUAUGUAUGAUGAUUGUAUGAUAUCAUAACAAUCAGUUAGAAAUAAUAAUUAAAAAAUAGAGUUGUGUUUGAAGACACUAAGUUAUCAUUA